AUUUGUCACAUGCUGUUACACGGAAGCCGGGAAGCUCGGAUUGACCGUCUGUGUUGUGGCAAUAACGACGCUAAAUACUGUUUCUAAAAGACUUUGAGUGAGAAUAAAUAGCUGAUAUGGGCUUGUCAGAAAUGGAGGAAUCUUGUCUGCAACUGGAUGAGAAGCUGCUACGUUUUAUGGAUCAGCUGGAGUUACUGGAGGAGAAACGAGCCGCUCUCAACUCUCUCAUUGAGCAGGGAUGGUUUUCCAUAUCCAAGGCACGAUAUUCCAUGGGAAACAAACAAGUCUCAACCCUUCAGUAUGCCAGUGAGAUUGAGCCAUUGGUCUGUGUUAGUGCUAGAACACUAGAUAAUGGUGAGGUAAAGUUCUGCACAGAAAAGGUCACACAAACAAGUGGCAAUGAGUCUGGAACUAACGUGAGUCCAGUAGAAGAUAUUGGACCUCAAGAAACAAGUGUCAGGAGAAGAAACAAACCUAAAAAAGACAGCACAGAAAAGGGCGGUAAUGGAAAAGAAGUCAGUGAAAAACUUGCUGAAGGUCCUCUACCAAGAAAAAGCGACCAGAAUCCUCAGCAAGAUCCACUUAAAUGGUUUGGCAUCCUGGUUCCACAGUCUCUUAAACAAGCACAGUCAUCAUUUAAGCAAGUAAUAGAGCUGUCUGCUGAGAUUGCAUCCCUUCAGACUGCAGUUUUAAACACCAGACAGGAGCUAAAGCAUAGCAUGAAAGAGAAACAACUUCUUCAAGAGACAGCCCCACCGUGUCUUUCUGACACAGUGGUACACUGAAAUGAAGUGUUGAGUCAAGCCUGGAAAUGAUGAAGAGAGAAGCUUCCACCUGCAGAGAGCGAGGGAUAAAAGUCAGCGGAUUGUGCUUUGUGGGCCAUCAAACUCUCAACAGUAAUCCCGUUUGUGGAUUUUCAAGUGAAGAUCCCAGCUGCAGCAGCUCCCACAUGAUGAUUAAUUUGUAACAGAUUAGGUUGAGUUGUGUUUUUGUGACUGAUUAAAUUGUGUUCCCUUUGAGAUGGGUGCUGCUUUGAGGCUACUCAUGCUUAAUUAAAUGCUGUAGAUUUAAUCUAAAUAUGAUCAGAACUUGUAAAUGUUUCUUUAAUCUUAUGAUAAAUGUACUAUGCAAUGUGUGUGGCUCUUGUGUUUUGUAUUAUUGUGUGUUAGAGGAUUGAAUUAAAACCAUGUUCCUAUAAAAUAAAUAGCUUUUGCAGUAU